AUGUCGGAAAGCAGCGCGCUUCACAUUUCCAUGCGCGGACGGGGAAACCAGCCCCUGGGGGUGGGCAACCUGUCCUUCUACACCACGGAGGAGCAGAUCCACGAGCUCUUCGGCAAGAGCGGCGACGUGAAGAAGAUCAUCAUGGGGCUGGACAAAGUGAAGAAGACCGCCUGCGGCUUCUGCUUCGUGGAGUACUAUGCCAGAGGAGAUGCUGAGAAUGCAAUGCGAUACAUCAAUGGAACCAGACUUGAUGACAGGAUCAUAAGGACAGACUGGGAUGCAGGAUUUAAGGAGGGUAGACAGUAUGGUCGUGGAAGAUCAGGGGGCCAGGUCCGAGAUGAAUAUCGGCAAGACUAUGAUGCUGGAAGAGGCGGCUAUGGCAAAACUGUUCAGUGCCAGUGAAUAGCGAAUGACUCAUCAACCUCGCAGGAAAACUAAAGCUGCACUGUAAAUGUCGUGAGCCAUGAAGUAGGUCUGUUGCACGCAAAUUUAAGUAACUAGAAAUUCACAGAAACUACUAUCAGCGUUCCUGCGGUCACUUAGUGCGUUCAAUCUCUCUUUCAUUUUAAAGUCUAGUUACAAUACCAGGCUCCACAGCAUUGGAGAGUGCUUUAAUACAGAGGACUUGGAAGCAGGGUUUUAAGCACUGGUAUGCACAAGACUUUAGUCUCUAACUGCUGCUGUAACUCUUCAAAACAGAAAAAAGAUUUAACACUACGGUGCUUUCUUCCACUGGCGAAAACUUGAUUAUACUGUCAUUGAAUUUUGUUUACGUUAGUAUCACAGGAUAGAGAGGAGGGCUUGUAUAUGUUUCAGAGAUGAAAGGAAAAGGCAAGAAGCCUGAAGGAGAGCAAUUUCUAGGGAAAACUUGAAGUUGCAGAUUUUCCUGGGGUUACUGGAUUAGCAGCCUGUAAACUGGUGUAGUUCCUUUGUGGAACUAGCGCAUAUACGUGAAAGUCGCAACAAAGCAAGCUGCAGGAGAGAUUGAGUUCAGAAACCAUAAAGUGAGAAGCAACCAUAGCACACAGUAGAAAGCAGACGCUCAAAGUCUUCUAUAAAGUGAAAUGGGAUUGCAUGACAUUUGUUUAUCCACUUGGCUUUGUGGGAUGCAGAGAACAGCAAGUUUAUAAGUUAUAGUACCAGUUAUUUGCUCAGUUUGGAUAGUACUAGUUUGCUUCUGUCUGGUAGCUCUCUACAGCCCUGAUGUUUGAGGAAUGGUAUCUUCCCUGUACCUAUGAAGGUGGCAUCGAGUCGAUUUCUACAGUUACCCCAAGAAUGGAAUGUUUGAGGAACUAGGUAUAUAAAAUAGAGGGAAAGUUUGUUCUGAAAAUAAACUUUUCUAUUUAAGAAACCUGAUUGCAGAUAAAGGUAAAAAUUAAAAAAAAAAAAAAGACUUUUGAGAGCCUUACUUUCUACUGAGCACAUAAUGGUAGAAUGGUAAAAUAAUCACAGGACUUCAUAGUUUUUUCUCUGGUUCAUAUUAACACUGUCAGUUCAUGUGAUGAGAUUCUAUUGUACUGCAGACAUAAGAAAAAUAAUCUGCGCUCACAUCAUCUGUGAAAUUGGCCUGCUGAAAUGAUAGAGUUUGAAUGGAGCUGCUGUAGUUUUUUGGGGAUUUUUUUUUUUUUUAAUGGAAUUCUGAGUUCUUUGGAAACUGCAAUUCAUUAAGUUUUUCCACAUAUUUUAUUGUCUGUGACUUUUUAAAAACCUCUAAAAUAUCAGGUAUAUAAAACUUGAUCUUUCCUCAUUGAGGAUAUUAUUGAAAAUCUUGAUAUUUCUUGCAUACCGUUUGUCACAACUGUUACUUGAAGUUGGAAAUGCCAUGAGGUAAGACAUUUGCUAUAAGACUUCGCUUACUUAGCAAGCUUGUUUGGCACAUAGACAUACAGUAAAACUAGAUUUUCAGGAUCACUUAGUUUGCAGACAAGGAUUUCAGGAAAUUUUUUUUUUUUUUUUUUUCCUCCCUUCUCUACAUAGUGUAUUUGAUGAUGAGUUUACAGCCCGUAAUCUGCUCUAGGAAACCUGUGAAGUUUAUUUCCACUGUAUCGGAUUUUGUAUGCAAACUUGCCUGUUACCAAAACUCCUAAGUCAUUUUCAAAUAAAGCUACAACA